AUGGACAGUGGUGAUGGCAGUCACGCUGAUCUUGGCAUCAGGCGGGUUGCUGAUGCUGGUGUUGACGUUGAUGGCGACGUUGGUGGUGGUGGUGGUGCCGAUGCUGACAUUAAUGAUGGUGAUGGUGGUGGUGGUGGUGGGUUUGGAGAUGAGCGCGAUGACGACUUUGUGUUCCCUGGGCAGACAUUGCUCUUCAGCCCAGGCCGCAGGCAGCAGCAGCAGCAGCACACUUCAUCACGCGGUCCAAGCCCAGGGAAGCGACCAUCAGCUGUGGCAACAGCAGCAACAACAACAGCAGCAGCAACGGAAACAUCCACAGCAGCAUCCACAGCGGCAUCAACAGCAGCGAGUGCAGUAGAAAGCCCCAACAAGAACCCCAAGUCGCCGCAGCGCGGUGACUCAAGCGCCAGUGAUACUCACGUGCCCACCACAGCUGCUGUUGAUGACAGCGAUGUGAUUGACAGCAACGCGACAGACCUGCUUGACCUCGUUGAACAGAAUGCGCAGUUGUUCUCGGUACCCGGCCACCACCACAGCUUCACUCGGCGGUGCGUGCACAACACAUGUCCGACCGGUGAUGGCGAUGGCGAUGAUGAUGACCACGAUGUGCUGGGUGGGUUUUAUCUCGUCAAUCUUAUUCUCACCUCUGGACGACGUGAGCCCGUUGAUGUGGAGGUGACACGGGAGCAUCUUGUGAGCCGACGUGAGAACGGCAGCACGCACACGCUUUCCCUUCUCGAUCUCACUGCUGUUGAUCGGCAGGAAGACGAUGAGGCGGAUGAGCUGCAGAUUGUGCUGCGUUUCGUUCUUGCAGACGGACAGCCGCGGGUGCUCAAGUUUGGUGUUGACCGUACAAGUGAUGACGACGUCGACAUGUUCGAACAGCUCUUCACAUCCCUCAAUCGUGUCGCAAUACGAAACGCGGACAAUCGCGGAAAACCCCCAGCACCAUCCACGCCGAUGAAGUCGUCGCAGUCGCCAAGCAAAGACGGACGCACAUCAGCACGAACACUAGCGGCAGCAACAGGGGUCGCGUCUGGUGUUGAUGACACGCACACGUCCGAGGGGGCGUUGUCCGGUGGGAUUGAUGCAAGCAAAACGCACUUGAGUGUCAAUGAGUAUGAACGGCACGUGCGAACCAUUGGGGAGGACACCGUCUCACCGAUGGUCGUAUCAGAGACAGAGGCGCUGCUGUCUGCCACGUAUUACGAAGAAGAGAACCAGCGGACACGGUUCAUCGUCCCCUGUCGCUUCAUCGCGCGAGCAGCAUCGGGCCGUGAGGUGGACACGGAGGCAAGCGACCCGCAUGUCACAGACAGGGUGUUGCCUGGCGUGUUCAUCCUCACCCAGGGGCACGUUUCUGUUGUUGAGACGCGUGAUGCUGAUGUUCGCACAUCACCGGUCGAUGACAGAACGGAUGAGCCACCCCCUCUCUUUGUUGCCGCACACAGCUACUCACACAUCCGGCGCGUGAGUCUUGGCUACCUGCACCAGACCAUGUCCUUCACCACCACCGACCAGCACCACCUCCACGUCAUGUUCCACUCCGCUGAUACGGCGCGCCGCGCGCUCCGCGUGGUCGUCAACACGCGUCGCACACAGUCCAUCUCCGCCGAGGUGCUCCAUCCUGAUCUUGUCGAUCCCAUCGCUGCAAAACUCAACAUCGACACGCGGGCGCUGGCCGGCAUGGUCACGCGCGUCCCGCACCUGCAGCAGCUCAUCGAGAAUGAGCCGUCACUGCCGUGGCGGAUGUAUGUGCUGAAAUCGCUCGGAAAAGGCAACGACAUGCGGGAUGUAAGGCGGCAGGUCCUCCUCGCCGUCAUCCACACUGCACAUGAUGAAACAAAGAUCGACUUCUUGCGUCAGAUCGCCGCAGACACAACGCGGGUGGAUGUGCUACAUCCCUUGGAUUUGGAGAUAACGCAAGUGUCUGUGGACAGAACAUCCAUGCUUCGGUUCACGCUCAUCCAGCAAGACGAAGACGACGAAACAAAGAAGCGCGAGACAGUCACGUGCGAGUUCUUCUCGUCCUCGGACGCGAUUGAUUUCAGCCGCCGCCUCAACGCCGCCCACCGCACCCUCUUUGAUGUCGACAUUCAACUCAACCUCACGCCUUAG